GCUGUGCCAUAACUCAAAUAACUCUCUUCUCUGAUUAGUAUCUUUUGCGAGUUGCGUGCUGUACUUUGUUCUUUGACUCUUAAAAGUUGUGAUUUUUCCUUUACAGGAAAGUGACUAGAUACACCAUAGUAUUACUAACAUAUCUCUGUUUCAAGGAUCUUCCUGAAGUGGCUCUCAAGACAGUACUUUUUAGUGUUGACUCGAUGUUUCUUCGACCUGAGCAUAUCGGAUCUUUGGAUACAAGCAAUACCAAUCCUUCAUGGAAGUUCCUCUUUUUGUUUUUCAUCUUUACUGCUUUAUUGUGUUCUGGCUCGUGACAACUUUUAGAAUUUGGAAUUGACAGGCUCUGUCAGAAGCUAUUUCAGAGAUGGAUCAUGCUGUUUCUGCACUUAAUUCUACAUUAUUGACCUUCUCAAGCACUUCCAUGGAUUUGGAUUUCCUGGAUAAAUCUUUAUCUCCAGCAAGUUGGCUCGAGUGUACGGACGGGAUCAACCUCUUGGAGCCUGAACCUUCCCGCUCCAGUGUUCUUUUUGACACUUCACAAUAUUCUCCUUUUAAAAGACCUGAUCAUUUCAGUCUAGAUUCGGAUCUUCAGAUCCACCGAAAGGAAAUCGAGAACAUGCCUGAAAACCCAUCUCUAGAUGUUUAUCCAGGAAUUAAAGAACAUGUGGCUGAUACUACCAUAUCUUUAGUACAACCUGAAGGUGGUGAAUCAGGAAAAAGGUGUUUGACCGAUCCAUCUAGUACAAUAAAUAGUAGAUUGAUGAUAGCUAUAGAAUACUUGAAAGACUAUGUGGAAGAAAGUGAUGUACUUAUUCAGAUAUGGGUGCCUACUAACAAAGGAGGUCAAAUUGUACUCACCACUAUUGACCAGCCUUAUUCUCUGAAUCCAAAUUGCAAGGGUCUUGCAAGUUACAGAAAUGUUUCGAAAACAUUUCACCUCACAGCUGAUGCGGACUUGAAGGAGUCAGCCGGUUUGCCUGGUCGAGUUUUCUUGGGGAAGUUGCCUGAAUGGACUCCUGAUGUUCGUUUCUUUAGGAGCGAUGAAUGCCCAAGAAAAAAUUAUGCCAAACUGUAUCAAAUCAGUGGAUGUCUUGCUCUACCUGUUUUUGAACAAGACAGUGGAGUUUGCAUGGCUGUUGUUGAGAUUGUGACAACUACUCAAAAGAUUAGUUACCAUCUGGAAGUAGAAAUUGUAUGUAAAGCUCUUGAGGCUGUCGAUCUAAAGGGUUCACAAGACUGCUUCCCUUUUGGUGUAAAAGCUUGCAAUCAAUUCUACCAAAUUGCAGUUCCAGAGAUUUCAGAGAUUUUACAAUCUGUCUACGAUACAUUUAGAUUGCCUUUAGCUAUGACAUGGGCAAUAUGUGACCGGCAAGGCGAAAGUGAACAGCAUCAAUUCGCUGAAGAGUUUGGUUAUUGUAUAUGCACUGUCGAUUCUGCUUGCUGUGUAGCUGAAAAUGAUCUCAUGGGAUUUCAUGAAGCAUGCUCCGAACAAUACCUUUUUCUAGACCAGGGCAUAGUUGGGAAAGCAUUUGCGACAAACAAGCAACGGUUUGCUACUGAUAUAACCUCCUUUAGCAAAACAAGUUAUCCUCUAUCUCACCAUGCCAGGAUCUUUAAUUUGGGUGCAGCUGUAGCAAUACCUUUGCGAAACAUGUACACUGGAUUGGUUGAAUACGUCUUGGAGCUAUUCUUGCCAAGGGAUUGCAAAAGUAUUGAAGAACAAAAGCAGAUAUGGGAUAUAUUGCCUGGUAUCGUCCAACAGGCUUGUCAGAGUUUUCAUGUUAUUAUGGACAAGGAACUAGAUAAUGAAGUCAGUGAACAGGUAGUUGUUGAUUUGGACAGAAGGCUUCUGAAGUUUGUAUCUUCACCUUCUGAACCCUCUCAAGAGGAGUCAUUUUGGACUCCGCACAAGAUUGAUACAGAGAAGAAGGGGAAAUGUGAUUUUAUGUCAUGGGGAUGCCCAAAAGAAGAAGCUGAAGAUGAGUUCAAGAUUACAACUCAUUGGGAUAAUAAUGAGCUAGACAUAUACCAAGAACAGAUCUUUUCAGAUUUUGAUCAUCCAAAUUUCAUGCUUGAUCUUCGUGUUAAUGAUAGUGAAGACUCAUCUGUUGGUCAGUAUCGAUCAUUAAGCAGCAGAAGCGCUGGCGAGAAGAGACAGAUGAAAACAGAGAAAACAAUCAGUCUGCAAGUUCUUCGACAAUACUUUGCAGGGAGUCUUAAGGAUGCUGCUAAGAGUAUUGGAGUAUGCCCCACUACUCUGAAAAGGAUAUGCAGGCAACAUGGUAUCAACCGUUGGCCGUCUCGAAAAAUCAAGAAAGUUGAUCACUCUUUGAGGAAACUCCAACUUGUAGUUAACUCCAUCCGGGGGGCAGAGGGUCUCAUUCAGGUUGAUUCCUUCUAUAAAACCUUCGGAGAAUUUAGCUCACCAAAGAUUUCCGGAAAGGGUCCAUUACAGUCAUUCGAGACAAGUGACAAUUCCAAGAAAUUAAACCCUCAACCUGAGACUGGCCUGUUGAGACCCCAAGCCAAUGAUUCAAAAUCUCAGUCCUCUUCAUGCAGUCAGAAUUCUCGUUCAAGAAUUUGUGGUUGUAACGAAGCAAGGCAGCUUAACACCCCCACCCCCACCAAUGACUUGAAAAAUGGAUGUACUAAUAUAGGGGUCGAAGUUCCUGCUGUUGCACUGAAGAGAACUGGCAGCGAAGCACAAUUGCAUUCCCUGAACUUACCAUCCUUGCCAAAAAGUACUGGCCAGAAUUUACGAGAUGGAGUAAUCUUCAGAGUGAAAGCUACUUUUGGAGAAGAAAACAUACGAUUCAGCUUGCUGCCGAAUUGGGGUUUCAGGGAUUUACAGCUAGAGAUUGCCAAGCGUUUCAAAAUAGAUGACUUCACAAAAAUUUAUCUCAAGUACUUGGACAUUGAUCACGAGUCGGUUUUAUUGACUUGUGAUGCUGAUCUUGAGGAGUGUAUAGACUUACUUAGCUUGUCUCAUAUGAACACCAUCAAAAUCUCUCUUCAUCAAGCUUCCCACCAACCAAAUCUCGGAAGUUCAUUCAGCAGUAGCAGCCAAUCUUAAUGGUAGGAGCAGUAUGAUAUUUGAGCUUACAAGUUGAUUCUGAUCUUGAUGGUAGCUAGUAGAAUUUGCUAUGAUGGAAGAUGCUGACCAGCAUCAUUUCUUAUUUCAUGUUAGUAUUAACAUUGUUCAUGUUUCUUAUGUAGUAAUGACUACUAAAAAUAAAAUUUCUUCCAAGAAAUUU